GCUCUCCAUUUGAAAUAAUCUCUCCAGUUUUCACUUAUCUUUCUCAACAACACUAGACACACGUAAAUAACUCUACUCCAUGCAGUCCAAACACUAGUCAUAUGCUAAACCUCUGCACAAGAACAAACAAAUGUGUAAAAACAGGGCUAGCCGUGUCACAUUUGAUGCAGUUCUGGUCACCAUUCUUGUGCUACUGGUUCCGAAAGUUGUAAGUGAUGAUGCAGAUCCAAUCCCUUCAGAUAAAUCCCAAGUUUCAGCUUGGUUUGACAGAAAUGUUGCCCCGGCCAGUGGGCGUGAGGGGCUGGAUCCGGCCUUAGCCAGGGCGGAAUCAAAGCCGCCAAGAAUCAUCUCUGUCAGGCAAGACGGAAGUGGGGAUUUUGAGACAAUCAGUGGAGCUAUCAGGAGUGUUCCGAGAUGUAAUAAGUAUCGUGUUAUUAUUUUUAUUGGUGGAGGACAUUAUUUUGAGAAACUGAAAGUUGAUCAUUACCAAACGUUUGUGACGCUUUAUGGAGAUCCGAGUGAUGUUCCGGUUAUAUGGUAUAAUGGGAGUGCUAGGACUUAUGGAACUACUAAUAGUGGCACAUUGACGGUUGAAACUACAGCUGAUUAUUUCAUGGCUGUUAAUCUCAGAAUCGUCAACACGACGCCAAGGCCGGAUGGGCGACUCCUGGCUCAAGCAUUGGCAAUGAGAGUGAGUGGCAAUAAGGCAGCGUACUACAACGUGAAGAUGCACGGAUAUCAGGACACCUUAUGUGACGAUAAGGGGUACCAUUUUUUCAAGGAUUGUCACAUUGAAGGAACGGUGGAUUUUAUAUUUGGCAAUGCCAAAUCUUUGUAUUUGAGUACAGAACUACACGUAUUGGAGGGGGCGAUGCCAGGAGAUGUGAUAACUGCACACGCGAAUGAUGAUCCGAAUGCUGACCUGGGAUACUCGUUUGUGCAUUGUUCUGUGACAGGGAACACGAUGAAGACCUACUUGGGGAGGACUUGGAGGUCACAUCCUAAGGUGAUUUUUUCGUAUACUGAGAUGGGGGAUGUUGUUCAUCCUCGAGGCUGGUCAUCCCUAGGCAGACCACAGUAUGCUAAAACUGCAUACUUUGCGGAAUUUGAGAACAGAGGGCCUGGAGCCACGCCAGACCAGCGGCCCGGUUUUGUGAAGAGAUUAUCUGGUGCUGUUGCUAAACAAUUCAUAACCCUUGCGCAUAUUAAUGCAUCUACCUGGCUUCUUCCUCCACCUGUACUGGAAGGAAUUGUGGAUGAUACAUGUUCAUAAGAUUUGUACUCAACUAGUGUUAGUGUUGCAUUUGUAUCGAACUUUGUUUUUCUAUUUGCAAUACUCCAAAUGUACAAGUGCAACUAUUGAAAGAUUUUGGUUAGUCUGAUCAAGGUUUUCGACGUGCUACUAGUA